AUGCACUGUUCAAGACCUUUCGCCCUCUUCCUCUCUAACAUCGCCGUAGCCUCAGCGAGAUGUGGCGACGCAGACGCGUGCAUCGGCACCAAGUUCUGUGCAACAGCGUCCUUUACGAAGCCGAUUGCUACAACAAUCAUUACCUGUAUCCCGACCCCUACUUGCCUGGGAGUGUACGAGGACUGUUCGUCUGGCGGCCAGACAAUCGGCAACUGCUGCUCGGGCUAUUGUGCGGCCACGAAGUGUCGGUCGACUGAUGAUAAGUGGCCUGACUGCAAGGAGAAUGGGUUGCCAUGUCUGGGAAAUGACAAUUGCUGUUAUGGGAAUAGGUGUAUUGAGGGCCGCUGUGCCAAGUAG